UAAAUUCAGGAUUGAGGAUUCUGAACUGCCGUAUCUGGAUACAUUAGCAGCCAUUAAUCAAUAUAGACUUUUCAUUUUCUCAUUUUUUUUCAUAUAUAUACAUUAGAAACAUCUCAGGUACUGAAGUAACCUGUAAGCACUUAACCCUAUUCCCCUGAAUUAAAGAAAAUAGAAAAAUUGGGCUAAUUAAUUACAAGGAAUUUAUAAAAUGAGAUAAAAAAAAAGUAGAGAACGUUUAAUUGUCUUUCUUUGUGUUUUGUUUAGUGCAAAGGACAAAGAAUCUACAAAAAGAUUACUUGCUUGGGUGUAUUAGUUUCAUUCUUUUAUGUUGGAGAGAUUAUUUCUCACAACAAGAAUCCUUUACUUGAACUUCUCAUCAAGUUAUCAUCUCUCUCUCACCAAUUUAGAAACAGAGAAACAGUUGAAAUCUCCCUCUCUCCCUCUCCCACACACUUCUUACAUUCAGUUUCCUUUUGAUGCUCUCUUCUUACAUCCUUCCUCUAAAUGUCUCACCAUCAUCACCAUGAAACCAACCCUCAUUUUGCGCGCCUUCCAUCGCAGAAUCAACCUCUCAAAGGUGGUGGUGCCUCUACCUCACAAUCUCACCCAAAUGCUCCUCCACCUGGAAUCCUAAUCAAGACUCGUGAUCGCCACCCUAAAGGUCCUAUCCCUCCUUCCGAAACACCUUUACCACUAAGCCCUGAAGAGAGACUACCCCCGCGGAAAACUUCAAAAAUACCAUUACUAUCAACCCCUAAAGAGAAACCACCACCAAAAAAAACUCCAAAAUCUUCAAAAAGACCGUUACUAUUAAUCCCUGAAGGCCAUCAUCAACAACAACAACAAAGAUCUCCACCUCCACCACCACAACAACAACCACGCAUUGCCCCCGGAGGCUACACAACAACACUACCUCCAAUAGCGAAACCAACUCCAUGGAGAAACACAACACCAUCACCUCAUCACCGCAGAGGCCAACAGCUACCACCACCUUCAAGAGAUCAAACAAACGCAAUGACUUGGUCAGCGGCCUUCUGCUGUGUAAUCUUCUGGAUCAUUCUCAUCCUCGGCGGUCUUAUCGUCCUCAUCGUCUACCUAGUGUACCGUCCACGCUCUCCUCACAUCGACAUCUCGUCCGCUAACUUAAACGCUGCUUACCUCGACAUGGGGUUUCUCCUCAACGGUGACCUAACCUUUUUAGCAAACUUCACAAACCCAAACAAGAAAAGCAGUGUUGAGUUCAACUACUUAACCUUCGAUCUUUACUAUUACAACACUCUUAUAGCGACAUCAUACGUUGCGCCUUUCGAGAUUCCUAAGAAAAUGUCAAUGUUUGCUAAUGUUCAUCUCGUGAGCAGCCAAGUCAGGCUCCAGCAAGAGCAGAGCAGGGAGCUGCAGCGUCAGAUUGAAACCGGUCCGGUUUUAUUGAACCUGAGAGGGACGUUUCAUGCACGUUCGAACUUAGGGGCGUUGUUUAGGUACUCGUAUCGGUUGCAUACUCAUUGCAGUUUUUCUUUGAAUAGUCCUCCUUCAGGAACUAUGCGAGCUAGAAGAUGCAGUACCAAACGCUAGCGUAUUAUGAUUGCGUUUGUUCCAUUUUUUUCUUUCUGGAUACCUUUAGAAAUAAUUAAUUUUAUGUA